AUGGACUGUGCCCAUCCAACAGCCUCUCAGCAGCCCUCCGAAGUAAGCAUGUCGUAUCCCCAUUCAGACCGUGGGCAGACUGACAUGGCUUCUUCGCCUUGCUCCCAACAGAUAUCAAGUGUGCCGUCAGGGUUGGCAGAAAUCGCCACAAACAUUGCUGCUUCAGAAUUUACGCAGACUGAUUUAGACACGCCCCAUUCCUCCCUGCAAGUUGUGCCCGCAUGCACAUAUGUUUCGGAAAAUAGGCCCGUAAUCGAGCCUUCUCAUAUGGAAACCGGCGUCAUAACACAACCUUUAGAACCGGAAUUGGUCACUGAAAGACGACAAAGCACUUCCGAAGUAGAGGAUAAUGCACCUGCGUCGUCUGACACUACUCAGUCGGAAUCCGAGGCGUCUCCCGGAGACAUUUCCGACGUACCUAAAGUCAUGGGUAAGAACUUGUCCGUCGAGUGAACUUCGCACCAGCCUUCAUAUAUAUAUGCGCUUCAAGUCCUGACAUUGAGGCAUGUAAAAAUUUGCAAAAUAUGUAGGCUGUUAGUAAAUGGCUGAAUAAUAGGAAGUCGAUCUGUUCGUACUACCGCUGGCUGCUUUGGGUUCAGUUACCCUCGGUAUUUAUGUCGACUGUCUCAACAACAGUUUGUGGUUGGGAAAUCUGCUGAUUUCGAGUCUCAGAAAAAUACGAACUGCGUCUUUCAAAGGGUCGCUCGUGCUCUUUCUAUGACAUGUUUUGUGCCCUUAACCUUCCGGGGCACGAGUUUGGAUAUUGGAGCUGACGGCAGUCUGUACAUCAGCAUGUUUUGAAUGUGCCGAUUUACCUUAAUUAUUGUUAGGCUUAGCCACUCAGGAAGAAUGUAUUAAUUUUGCCCGUCCUCAAAUAUUCUUUCUAAUCCUAUUGACGACUAUGCGUGCUUUAUAUAACAGACAUUUUUCACUCUGGGUAUUUGCGCGUACUAGAAUUCGCUGUUUGCAUAUGAAAGUCCUCAGAACUCUGAAGCCGCGCACAGCCUCUCCAACCGUCAAAUGCCAUAUAUUUGGAUGAUUCUUUGCGAUGUUCUGAACCUUCUCCCCCUCAGAUAGCUGGUAAGCAUUGUGUGUAGGCAAGCAGAGCUGUGUUUGGUUGUCAUAACGGUCGAAGUAAUGCUUUGUCUGCCUGUUUCUGGCACUUAACAUUUGAGGUUACACCGGCCAACCCGUAACCGAUUUCUUCAGAAUGGGCCUUUACGCUCAGGACUGAUGUAAUUCCAUCCGCAUCCAUCUAGGUUUGCUUCUUCAACCAAGCUGAGCAUUAGAAUGUGUGACCAAUAGCGUCGGUGGUCAUGAGAACCAACUGUAUGUGAUUUUGCAUCCUUGAGUAAAGAGCUCAGUCAUUUAGUUUGUCAGCACACGAAUGUAUGUGUUGCAGACAUCCAAGAGUGUUUUGACGUGCAUAGUCCUGUGUAGACCGUUCAGGCAUUUUUAUCCAGUAAACUAAUAUGGUCUUGCGACUGGAGUGUCGGUAACGUGGGCUAAGGUUGUCCGCUUAUACUGACAUGCGUGAAUGCCCUUCAUUUGACUACAGUCAAACGUAAGCAACUGUAAAUCCCCUUUUUUUCGCCCAUUUCUAGCGGACUGCUGCGCACACGUCCCACCUGUCAUUAUAAAUUGACUUUUACCCACCCAUAUAUCAGGAUUGCUUAGAGGUUUACGAGGUAAACGAUAUGGACAGUGUUCUCCAAAUCUGCGCCAUUAAUUCCACUCGACUAUGUUUGUGGCAUCCCCUUGAUAAUCAAACUUAUUCUCGCAGCCUGCCAAAGUGACUUGUCACGACUGGUAUUACUAUCUUUAAGUCAGUUAGAUUCCAUUUUAUUGUCUGUGCUGUUUCUUUGAUUGCGCAGAGAAAAGCAAUUCAUAUUUUUCACUACAUACACCGUAUGACAGAUUUUACUUAGGGAUUCUGCCCUAUCUCUUCUCACAGCAACUUACGACUGGGUCUGUUUAAAGCCAAAGUUGUUUGUGAGAGUGGAGGAGGAAUUCAAACGUUACGCUUCCAAGUUGCCGCAGGGUAAUAAUUAUCUUCGGGGUUGCCUAUGGUGAGUUAACUCAUUUUUCUGCAUCUACUCCUAUCUGUGUGCGUUUAAAGUUCUCGACCGCGUUCUUGUUCAAAAAUUUAUUUCCGAAAGCAAAGUGUCCUGUAAAUUAUUUCUUUUCAUCACCUACAAUCCUUAAAAUGCCCUGCCCGCUGCUUAUUUAUUGUGAAAUUACGAAAUGUCUGACUGAUAAAAUUGCAGUCGAGGCCCUCUUGUGUCAACUUUCUCCUCGCGCCUUCCAUUUUAAGGUCUCCAGAUGGCACGUGCCUACUCACUAACAGCUGUGACAAUAUAUUUCGCAUGUUUGAAUUCCCACCCGCUCUAACUCCAAACCCAAUGGACUACGAUUUGGAGUCAAAUUCGAUGGAACCGGAUACUUUGGUUGGUGCCACUUCUGCAUUGUACUCAAUCCUAUAAAUUAUGGAGAUUACCUGCCUAACUCCUUGUCGUAUUUAGUUUUCUGUUGUUGGCGAUUAUGUACUAUGAAGGAGCAUUCGUCACGGCCAUUACAGUUUCAGUCUUUUCAAUGUAAAUGGCCUCCUACGAGAUACGGGUUUGAUUGACAGAAAACGGCCUACACUGGUCGCAGAGCAGACUGCAAAUAACUUUCUGACCGAAUCUUUUGACAUCUGCCCCUGCAUCAACGAAGUGUCCGAAAAUAUACCGUAGUUCCGCAGGGUUAAAACUCGCACUUAUGCAUCGGAAACGCACGUGUGGUUUUCCCAUCUUACGCCUCUAAGAACUUGAGCCCCUCCUACUAGAUGUGUGCACACGCCUGGUGUAUUGUUGGACACGCACCACUCUCUAGCAGGAGACUACAGAAACGACUAAAACGCUAGAUACAGUAGAUAAGCUAUUUAAUGGGAUGUUGACUGACCGAAUUCUGUUUUUAAUUUGGAAAGACUACUUAAAUAGGAUUGUCAUGUUAGUUUUCACAUCGCAUAAUGCCAAGAUAUUGCAGUUACGCCAAGGUGCCGACCUUCACACGAGCCUCAUCUCGACCGCAUGCGUAAACUGCAUUCCGCCAAAUAGCUACUUAAGCAGUAUGAACUUUCCCAACUAAUUUUCGAUAUCCUUAUAAACUCAAGUGUAUUUUAUAGAAAAAAUGCACGAGAGUACUCCUUUUUUCACUUCUUUGGCGACAAAUUAUGUUUUCUUUAAAUCUCAAACUUGAGAGGAUAGUGUCUUUUAGUUUUAAAAAGCCUUCUGGAUUUCCGAAUAAUUUUCGACCCGACCUGCCGUUGCACUUGUAUUCGGGGUUUAUACCUCACAAGUUGUAUACUUUCCGUGUAAGAAAAAUAGUACACUUCUAUAUGAUAUUAAGAAAAGGCCAUAUAGGACACAUACAUUUUUGUAGUGGAUUUGAACCACGUCCACUUUAUAAGCAGCAUUAAUUAAUGUGUUGAUGCGAUGCUGUGCGACUGGACAUUUCAGGGUCAUAAAAAAUUUCAUAAUUAGAGAUUUUUUAAGACCGAAAGAUACUACUUAUUGAAGUACAAAAUUGAGAGAAGACAUAGUUUGCAACCAAAUGGGCAAAAAUAAUAUGUUUGUGUGUUCCCAACAAAGUGUAUUUGCGUUUAUAGGGGGGAUCAUAAAUCCAUGGGAAAAACCAUAAUACUUAAGUAGCUAUUUUUGCGGAAUGUAGUUUAUGCAGGCGGUCGAUAAGAAACUCGUUCCACUAACAUUCAUAAGAUAUCGUACCUAAUGCAAGUAAUGUUGACUACUGGCUUUGAUAAACAUUUGGAUUAUAUUUUACCAAGAAACUGCAAAUCUGAUUCCCAGGUAACCGCAAAUAUUAUCAAAUGUUUGCACAUACAUCUGUUUGGCACUUUCAAGACUUGUGGUAGCAGUCAGCAAGCGGGUCUAAAUUUUCGUUAUUCCGUCCUACGCCUCAGCGUUAGAAUCCCCGAUUGGACCUCUGAUAAUUUGCUAGGUGCCCGACUUCAUAUUUUAUCGGCCUCGGUAAAGGAAUAAAAUUCACACAUAGACGUUUUUGCAAGCAUACGAAGAACAACAACACAUCUCCAGUUAGUUUUGUGUCUAGUUUCACACUUUUUUUGGCGGGUGAACGUUGCGGCGCGUUAUACUCGAUGCUUAUUCUUGACUUUACUCGCUUUGUCUAGCCAGCUGUCCUCUGGAUGCGCGAACCAGAACUCAUUUACGACUACUGCUGGUUUCCGGGGAUGAAAACAACAGAUCCCAUCACCUGCUGGUAAAAGUCCUACUUAAACCGUUUUCGCCUACUCUUGCUUCCACUGUAGCGCUCGAGGUUUCUGCCAACGUUUUUUAAAAGUUUCCUUUCACUUUUCUUUGCCAUGACUAAAAUAGUCCGCAGCCAGGACAAAGGGUACAGCCGUUCAAAUAUCUCGGAGCCACUUGUUGCCGAAGGUAGGGAGUAGAAACUAUUUUUCUUAGGAGUUCCUAUAAGUUCGUUGGGACACCUCAGUUACUCCGAAGAUCUGUGCGUGCUGAUCUCUCGUCCAAUCAGUCCUCUUUCGUGAUUGUGUGAACGCCGGGAGAUUUAUUUGUUGAAUAAGAUCGAAAACUAGCCUCCGGACUGCUGCUGCCUGUAUACCCCUCACUUCCAAAAUAAGAUAGUUCGCGCUCAUUGCGACGACAUAGGCAAAGCACUUAACUUCACUUAAUAGAAGAAGUUUACGUGCUUCCUCUGUCGCCCAUCCCAUGGCCUCCGCACCGUUCCCAUACAUCAAACGUCACCCUUUCAGGGUAAUCAGCAGAUAGCUCGGAAUUUUCUGCGAAGACCACGACGGGUUUCUCGGAUCCUGGGUAUUUUUUUUCGCUAUGUCUUCAGACGCCAGCUAAUGCGCCUUCAGAUGUACCCUGUAGCAUAUCAUAUUAGCCCGGCCGCGUUCGCGGUUGUGCGGAUUAACUGCUACAUGAAGUCGCGGAAGUACUCGUUGGUGGAUAUUAUACGUUUGAGCUCUCAAAGGGUUAAUGUAGCCCACACUGACCUCUCCCUACCAGGGCUUUAACUUGACGUCCGAGGGCCGGGUAUGGGAUUUGAGACGACUACGCUCAGUCAGCUCCGUUUUGUGGUUCAGAAACUGGACUACGUAUCAAUUUAAUACAAAGGACGCAGUUCCUUCCGUCAAGUUUUUAUCGGCCGAGGCGUGUUUUUUAUUGUUAAUACCUAGCAGCGUCUAUCAAUUCGGCGUUUGAUACAGGAGUCAAGUGGCUGGGAAAGGUGUCGGGCAGUUUUGAAGUACCCCCUUCUCUGACUUCGCUGUUCUUUGAUAGCCUUUUUCAACCUUGGCUGUUUUAAUGGGCGAUUGUUUAUAUUUUUUUACUAGAUACCUCAAAAAACGGUUGGGUUAGUCUUAUUUUUCACAAUAUUUCGAAUAAGUAUGAUCCAUGCCUUACGAUCGAAGUCCAGGCCGUAGGCAGCCGCUGUCCAUUCUUUUCUCAAACAUUGGGAACUUUCAGGCCCAACAUCCUUCGGUAACUCCCCAGUUGCAGUUCCUCGUCGAAGGAGGUGAUGUCGAAAAGACGUGCGUCUCGACACUUGUCCACUGUCUGACGGGGUGCAUGAUCGACCACCAGAAACAGUGGUGACUGUCACAAACAGGCCAGGCGGGUUUCAGAAGGCAAAGUGCGCUUGGAGUUAGGUCCAAGUCCACUGGUCAGUUAACUCAGUCCGCUGAGUCCUGGCCGCCUACACCCGAUUGGCUCGAGCAGCCGGGACGCUUUUCUACCACAGAUGGCCGACGCGUAACGAGGUUCCUCCCCGAUCGUCUGUCAAGUUCCACUUUCGGGCCGUCUCCCGUAAGUCGGAGCUGCAGCAUCUCUCAGUCACACUAUUCGCCAGCGGGCUAAAGACUUUACGGUUCGACAGUACAUAGAAGCCACGUUCCCCAGUCGUGGAGCCUUAUAGCUUCGACAACUAGCAUCAUGUACAUGCAUCUCGCGACAGUCCUGUGGACUCGUCCGCAUACAGCAGUCGGGAGUCUGGGCGGUGUCGGCGUUGACAUUAGUGAUGCUGUCUCGAUAAUACCAGUAUUAGAACUUGAAUCGCUGCGUAUUUACUUCUUCAGCGCAUAUGUGGUCAUUAAGUUGCAUGAUUUUCUUGCCUUGCACCCAUUGCCACCCCCUGUACAAAGGUUCACGGGCCUUCUCUUGCCGUUACAGUUUUGCGAGCACCAGCCGGCGUACUCCUGUUCAUCUGUGGGACGCCUUUACGGGCACCCUACGAGCCAGCUAUCGACCUUUUAAUCAUAUGGUGAGUGCUGUUUCUAAUCUUUAUCCCUGGUGGGUGAUAGCUUACCCAAACUCCCACUAUUGUAGCCCAGUAGGGUUGGCUGUGUGACUUAAACCCACAGAGUGGUGUGCUCCCUAAAGAGUUCUGAGAAAUUUGAAAACAUGGGCAGGCAAGAACUGCAGAUGUCAAGAUGUGCAAAUUUCACGAGCCCUCUGCAUCAGUUAGGGCAUUAGCUGCAGCGAGGCAUUCGUUAGGUAACAGCCCGUGGGGGUGAACCCUCGGACUUUGCGGCCAUCGGGUGCUCCGCACAUUCAUCCACGGUCUACAGGACAGCCACUCCGUGUACUCGGAGACUUUGGUACGCCAUUUGGGGACAAUGGGUAGAAUUGCAGACUGGGAAGAUGCAGGUGUUUCAUAGUCGUUUCGUUGCAUCUUCUCCGUUCACACAUCCUCCUCUCCUCUACUGAGCAAUAUGUUUUCGCAUAGGCCAGUGAGCUAAUUCAUGUCGAGUGGGUGAAAAACGUUGCGACUGCUUUGAGCAGAUCCAUGGGCCAAAUAUGACUGUGCUGCUGCCGAAUUAACGCACUUUGCCGUACAGAAAUGUCCCAACAACCAGAAAAAACUGCAGGUAACCGAAUCGAUAAAACGCCCUGCCAACUCGGCAUCCGUCUAAUUACAUCGAUUCCAUCAUUAACUUUAAAAAGAGGGACAAUUCUUCGUAAAACGAAAGCAAAAGCUGUGGGUUAAAUACUAACCUUUGUAUGACAAGACGAUAAUGCCGAAAACGCGAAAACCUGUCGGAUUCAGAAAAGUAAAAAGCGAUUAAAAUAGAAUUUAUGCAACAAAGUUUUAAACAACCUUUUUUAGAUAAUCGGUGGAUUAAACACCCCCUCCCUGUAUACUGGUAGAUCAUUAAGGAAGCUUUUGGAGGUCCAAGCACACGGUAGACCUCAUGACACAUUAACCGAAAUUCGGAAAUGUGUGUUCCAUUUGAAAGCAUUACUUGGGUAGAGUCGUAAGACCAACUGGCGUGUAGUAUAAUCAAAAGAUAUUGCAGUCACUUCAGGUUCCUGGCUUUUAAACGAGCUCUUUUUCAGUCGCUUACAAAAACUACCUUGUAAAAAUGACUACUUAAGCAGUGCUAAUUUCUCCCAUUGAUUCUCGACACCCCCUAUACAUUCAAAUAGGUUUCUUAGAAAGCAUGCAGAAAUAUCUUUUCUUGCACUCAUUUGGUAGCACAGUAUCAUUCUUCAAAUUGUAUACUGGAAGAAAGCGUAUCUGUCGGUUUUAAAAAGACUUUAAUUCUCGAAUAAUUCUGAACUUGACUUGCCAUCGCAUUUGUUUUCAGGGUUGCCAAACUCGAAACUAUAUAUUUCCCCUGUAAUGGAAAUCACACAUAAAUAUGCAUAAAUAUACAUCCAUAAAGUAUAUUUGAACAUAUGAAAAUAUAAAAAACCAGCAGCAACCGGUCAUACUACUUGGGUAGUCAUUUUCUGCCGGGUGUGAUUUUUGCAGACGACCGGAACGAGACUCAACCUGGUGCGACGGAACUAUUUUGGGAUUAUGCCGCACGGUAACCAAUAUUACAACUCCGCCUAGGUAAUCCAUCCUAAUCAAAAACACAUUUCGGAAUUUAAGUUAACUUUUCAUGAAAUAGGCCAGCUACAUCAGCAGGCAAUUUAUCGUUUGCUUCCGGGCUGUUCGUUUAUGCACAGCAGUUACCGACGUGGCAAAACAAACUAUAGCCAUUCCUCCCUAUUUCGCGCUUUCAGUCUGUCGUGGAUUUUAUAUUCAAGCAUAUGUAAAUAUAUAUCACGGGUUUUUCGCUGGUUCGCGGAUUUCCGCGGACAAUGGGCCUCUUUAUUUCUGGUAAACGUCCCCUGGGUUGGCUUGUCCGCGAUCAAGGAGAGAGUAUUGUUGUGCUUCAGAACACGAACCUCCACAUAUUUACAAGUCAAGCUUUCUGGCACUCACAGUAAAGCAGCCAAUUAAAGUAAAGGUAGACUCGCCUUGUCAGGAAGAAGGCGAUAGCAAUUGCUUCGCACAGUCGACAGGCCUGACCGUGACAGCUCUGAAGUAGUGCGCAGUGGGUGUAUUCGUGGGUUCGGCGGUUGGGUUUCGUCUAUCAGCCGACACUUUGUGACUUUGCCGGCUCUCUAUUCCCCGUAGUCAGCGAGCUAUGUCGCAGCUAUCAGACAGUGUCGACGAACUAUGGAUUUGCAGAGAUAAUUCUGGAAUAUCUGCACUGCCAGCGAUACCUGAGCCAUCCCUUAGUGUAGGAAACUGAUACCUAUUCUUGGCAGCGCAGCUGGUGAUUUAGUUAGCCGUGGCUGAAUUAAAGCAAAGAAAAACAACCGAGAAUGGCUUAGUAUACACUGUUUCGUAGGCGAUGUGGGAGGUCAUUGGCGCUUUUUGACUUGUUUUCUCCACUCUACUGGCAUCAUGCCGCUUUUCUCUUCCACAGGGUGAGUCAAUAGCUGCUCAGAGCAUCGCAUUCUCCGCGGACGGUCAGCUGCUCUACUGCGGUUUCAACCGUUUUGUCCAGGUCUUUCACGUCUCCCGACCCGGCAGCCAGUCCGAACGUCGACCGCGUCUCGGCCGUGAGUCCUCCCCUCCCCUCACUUCUUCCCACAAAGCAAAAGUAUUCUCCCCUCCGUUAAUUCUCCGGAAAAUGUAGGUGUCGACCGUUUGCCUUUCGCUUCGACAGCAUUCGUGACUGGUAUUUUACAACGGUCGUCGGUGGGCCUGGAGUUCUAUUUUUCCGGCAUAGCGAUGGUGGUUGUGGUUUAGCGACAAACUGCGGCUGCCGUGGGUCAGACGGGCGGAUGAGUGCAGCUGUGUGAACUGCCCUUGACUCAGACGAUGCCACAAAACGCAAGACCCGAAUUAAUUACAUGACAUUUGCAAGUAGACGACAGAAUCUGGACGGUUGAGCGGCGUUUUGGGUUUUCAACGAUUGCUUCUGUGAAGGGUGACUAGGCAACAGGCACUCCUGAGUUUGCCUGACCAGUGAUUCAAUGGGAAAGAAGUCCGGUCUGCGAGUGUUGGUUGGUAUGAACAAAGAAAACAAUUUAUUCAUCAGAAUUCGGACGUCGAAAGGGUACUACAGGAAAGGAGUCAAUCGCUGACGAAGUGGAUGACAGUGUCUUGCCUUCUUCGAUACAUCUUGUCAAAUCAUUCAAAGUAGGCGCUGGCCUGCCACCGUGUCCUUGUCCGGCUCUGCUGCAGACGUUUGUGUCGCACGACUCGAUACUUUGAAUUAUUCCAACCUUCACAAGUCUCCCUGAAGCCCCCUUGACAAAGUGAAGGCUGCUGCUUCAGACAAUAACUUGCGGGCCUGUUGGAAUCAUGCCAACAAGAGUUGUUAGUGUUGUCAUUGUAUUGACUUUCCCGUGACCGAUUAAUCCUGCCAUUUUCGCACAUUAUUGAACUUGUUUACGUUCAUCCCUUAUAAUCGCACUCUGUGCAGGAUAUUCAAUGGACAUUAAUCGAGUCAAAAUUGGUGGUUAUGAGCGUUGGAAGUGCGCUCACCGAUCGGGUCACGGAGACACUCUUGUCCCGUUGUGCUUUAGGACUCGAUUUAGAGCCUUCGUUAACCGUUUGGUGAGCGCACCUUCAACAUAGUUAAGGCUUCCGAUCGCAACUGACAGGUCAACGAGCCCGUGGUUCAGUGGUUAGAGCAUUUAACAUACCAACGAUUGAUAAACAAGUGAACGCGGGUUCAAUUCUCAGGCGUCCUCAAGGAAUCUGGGGCCGGGUAAGGCCGACCGAAAACGACCAAUAGGCCAGAAAUGACCAUCCCAUCUCCCAUGUCUUUGUCGGCAAUCUCAUUCUGUAGUGGUUGUGUAUUUGAAGAUGAGCACAUGGUUGCGGCGCGUUGACUCCCUGAGUCUGCCCCAUCCGUUUUACGUCCGCCUAAGAUUCACCAUCUACGGUGUUUAUUUUUUGCCAAACAGCUAAAUAGCCUUGCAGGUUAUCCCCACUGUUAACGAACAUUUAGGACAAGCGAAAGAUUUAUCGAGCAGAUUCGCAAGAACCUUAACACGGAUGAUCAAAUACCCCUACUCACCAGUUAAAUGACAAACCUCAUAAAGGUAACUAUAAUCUGUUGCAAACUGGAAACCUGUGGGCACUAACCGUUGCCUAUCAGGCAUUUGAGGAGCCUUUAAAGCUGUCAGUGUGUGCGACACACUUUAAAGGUAUAGCGGUGUAUUUGCCAAUUAGCGGGCAGAUAUAAUUUGUCCAAUUUGUUGGACAACCGGAGAGCCUCCUAGGAGUAGCCCAGUUUGUGCGUGACCCUUGUUUUUUCAAUCUGACUCGACUGAGAGGUAAGUUUACGUGCCUUUAUAUUGGUGGAGUAUGCGAGAGAGAAGCAGGAACCCUCGCAUAUUUACUGAUUCGAUAGAAGAGCCUUCCUGCUUAUUAAUAUAAAAUCCCAACUCAGUCCUUCCUGCGUACACUACCAUAGAACACAUUACCUUGGUCGGUGGGCCUGUAUAACCCUUCUCUGUCGUGACUCUUCGUCUUUCUGUUGGCCCGCCUGGUGGCCCAGCCCGGCCCUCAGCAUUCGCAGGACUUACAGCUUGCUGCUGCUGCUGCUGGUGGUGGUGGUGGUGGUAUUGUUGACAACAACGGUGUUGGUGGUGAUGAUGACGCAUUUUUGUAUCUUUCUACAGAAAAACCUGACCAAGGCGGUAUCAUCUCCUGCCUGGCGGCUCAUCAAUGUGGCAACAGAGGUCUAUACGCUGCGGGCUCGUUCAGCGGCUCCGUUGGGGUCUACACUGAGCCCGGUCGUCAAGUCGCCUUGGCCGAGGGACCGCGCAGCGGAGUAAGCCAGGUUGCCUUCGCAGAGCCCGCCAACGCUGGGUCGCCCUGGUACCUCAUCGCCGGUGGGCGUGUGGACUCGCAGAUCUUUGUGUGGGACGGCCGGUGGAUGGCCAGUCCUCUGGUCGUACUGCACAGGCGCGUGGAAAAUUAUCAGCGCUUUCAGUUUGGUCUUGAUGCGUAAGUGGGCACAUGUAUGUAUGUGCUUUUGUCGCGGUCAGCGCAACCGAGCGCUCUUCGCGUACUGAGCCGUCCUCAUCCCCAUUCCCCUUUACUACACCAUUUCCUCUUCUUAUGCGGCCUGUAACAACCUCAAUGCUGCCUAUCAUUGUCUCUUGCCUUUCAUGACCCUCAACACUCUCCAGCACUGGCCGCUACCUCUUUACCGGCAGCCAGACAGGUGCGGUGUCCAUCUUCGACUUUACGUCACCGACAGUCGGCGUGGGUGAGAAGGAGCCCGCAACCAUGUUUCCUGUCUCCGUGUGGCGGGCCCAUCAGGACAGCUGUCACGGCCUCUCGGUCCAUCCCACGCUACCGGUGGUGGCCACAACAUCUGGCCAGAAACGUCCCUCAUCCGCCUCCUCCUCCCUCCGCUCAGCCAAUGGAGAUAGGCGAGCAUUGCAGGAAAAGACUGCAGCGGAUGUUCUCCCACCGCCUAAGCGACUGUGCGAGCGGUGCAUGUCUGCGGAAGUGGUGGAGGCAGAAGAGAAACCCCUUACACACCUCACGCCACCCUCGUCCGACUCGGAUUCAGACUCGGCACCCGAGGCUCAGUUGACUGACGAUGAAGUCAUUUGCAGUGCCAUGGUUGUGGGUCCCCAGCUGGACCACAUGCCCCUUGAGGGCCGCCUUUAUCGGCUCCCGAUCAGAAAUGAGCUAUCACUCUGGUCCUUUCCUAAGGACAGCAAACAGGAGGUCUAG